AGGCCACACCCCGGUAUAUGUAUGUAGAUACAUCUUCAUGAUCUGAUCUGGGAUCUGUUUGGUAAACAGAUCUGUCAAUGGCUAGGAUAUAAAAAGGAAUAUAAGUUAAGUCCGUCUAAGUUAACUUUGCACCGAUUUUAAUACAACAAAGUGACGAAGUGUCUUAACAACGUCAUAUUUUACAGAAAGGGUCUAGCAGGCUACGGAAGGAGAAGUGGCCCCUGUGACGAAUAUCGGAUUUUUAUAAUGUCAUUUGUUGGCUAUCUUAUAAUAUAGAAACACCUUAACUUUCAGCCCCCUAUCUUGAACCGUCACCGAGAUAAUGUCAAAAACGUCAUUUUAUGGACACAUUUUGCAAAGGCUUUUUUCUCCUGAACUAUAUAAGGUAGAGCAAUCAAACCAAAUCAUAGCUACAGAGAAUGAGUAGGAGUAUAACUCAGAUUUUUUUUAAAUAUUUAAUUCCCUGAAAAAAUAACGAUUAAAAUGUCAGAGAUUUUUUUGAUAGCUCUUUUCAACAAGUAUUUGUAAAGGUACACCUUCAACUUCAACUUUUAUUCAGCAAAUAGGCCACAAGGGCACUUUUACACGUCAACAUGGAAUUUACAUACAAGCAAAAACCCCCACUUUACGAGUAGGGGAGGUACCCUAAAAAAAAUUAAAUUUUUAGAUUUUAUUGUACGACUUUGUCGGCUUUAUUGAUUUAUAUAUCCAUGCCAAAUUUCAGCUUUCUAGCACUAACGACCACGGAGCAAAGCCUCGGACAGACAGACGGACAGACGGACAUGGCGAAACUAUAAGGGUUCCUAGUUGACUACGGAACCCUAAAAAAGAUCAUUAACAUAUCCUUAGAGAUGUAAAGGGUCUCCAAGGAUUGAAGUCAAAGCAUAUAUACAUAAUUAAAAGACAUUAAAUUACUCAGUGCUGUGUUAUUUCUGUUCCUGUCGGUGCGAGGGUGCGGGGUGUUAGGGUCGCCAACGCGCAUGUAACACCCCUGGAGCUACAGGAGUACAUAGGCUACGGAGACUACUUAGUGCUUACCACCCGGCGGGCCGUUUGCUUGUUUGGCACCGACGUGGUAUAAAAAAAUGGUUUGCAUAUUAAAAAAACUAAUUAAUAGUAUAGGACAUUAUUAUACAUAUUGACUAAGUCCCACAGUAAGCUCAAUAAGGCUUGUAUUGAGGGUACUUAGACAACGAUAUAUAUAAUAUAUAAAUGUGUAUAUUUUCCUUUUGAACCCUAAUUAUCCUUAGAUAUUGAACAUGUAGUGCACAUAUUGUUAAUAUUAUUAAUAGUAAACAUAUUGUUAAUAUUAUUUAGUAUUUAAAGAAUUAUGUGAAAAGGUGUACAAGUACCAUAUAAUUAUAUCAUGUACCUACUACACUUUUUGGUGGGUACCUUUCUAUUCACAGGUGGCGCCCUUUUCCACUUUUUCAACCCCACCCCCCAUGAUAUCUUAUGCCAACCGUAUGGUGUAACAUACACAGAUGCAGAUUACAGAGUGAAAGUAUCUUUUCGCCCGAAAAACUUUCCAACUAAGCACUUAGACAGCGAAAUAGUCACGUAUUGUAGAGGUGAAGACGGAAAGCGAAUUAAGAAAUAUGAAAUAAAAAAAUCUGGAGAUCCCAAUGCAGUUAUGGAUUUUGACCAAGUCGUCGGUAGUGGUUGGGAUAACUGUUAUUUUGGAUAUUGUGUGUACAACCAGAAGAAUAUCAAUUGUGACGUAAACAAAGACGACUUAUUGGAUAUCAUCAACCUAAAAUAUUCCAAAGCAGAAAUACAUAGCGACUGCACGGUUGGUCAGUGCGUUAUUACACUAGAUAUGGCUAAACACUGCCGAACCCGCACAGAUAGACCAACGCUCAAAAUAAAAUCAUCGGUUCAAAUUACGACAGGAACACCUUCCAUUUUAAUUGAAUGCUCUGCAGCAGCGGAUAGAUUGCAUCUUUUAUCUUUAUAUCAGGACAAAAAUCAAGAAAGCGGUAUUUUAUUAAAAAGAAUCCAGCAUAUUAACAGUCCAGGCAGGGUUAUUCUGACAUUGUUUAAGACGCUACUAGAAUCAGACAAGGACUCCAAGAUAUAUUGCGUCAAACAUUUGCCUGAUAAGGAAUCUGGUAAACGAACGAGCGAUCACGAAAAACUUCAUGGACCCACUUAUACAUUUUUGCCGUCGGAUGGGCCAGCAAAUGUUGUCGUGGAACUAGAUACCGAGACGGUGUGGUUUAGCCGCGACAAACCCCUGAGCGUCGUCUGUCGCGGGACAAAACCCCUCGACGAUCGAAGCCUCACCUGGUACAUACAAGACAAGAAAACCUCUAAAAUAGAAGUACCUGACUUUAACAGUCAACAUUACAACAGAAAAAAGAAUGAAAAUAAACUAAAAAUCAUACUCAACGACUCAUGCGAUUCUAAAAUAUUAUUUUGCGCUCAGGACCGAUACAUUCAGAUAGAAUACGAAAACGGCACACAUGCUAUAGAGCGAUAUGACGAACGUGCUAUUUCGAAAAAUAUUACAUUGAAGCUGAACCAUGAAGAAAUUGAAGAUGACGCAGAAGCCGAAACAGGGAAAAAAACAAGUCAAGGUUUGAUUUGGGGUGUGGUGCUGAGCGUAGCGGCGCUGCUGUCGAUAUCAGCCUUCGUUGUCUGGAAACGACGCAAGGGGGCGGUGGCGGAGACCGCAGAAAACAAUUAUGCAACGGCGGCAGAACUGACAUACGCAGUGUUGGACUUGCCCGAAAGUCGCGUCACUACGGGGAACCCUAACACGUCGCCUUAUGCAGAGAUCGUUGGCGUCUAUAACCCUAAUAAAAAAAACUAGAUUAAUUUAAUUUAAUUUAUUUCAUCUUCCUGUCUCGCAUAGCUAAACUGUGGAAUGAACUUUCGCUUUUUGGAUCGUUACGAUCUACAGACGUUCAAGAAACGAGCAUACUUACUCCCAUCAUAUAGACGGCGACCCAGGAACAGAUUUCCAUGACCAAUCGCCUCCCGGGCGUAAACUCGUAUAGUGGUAAACGGCUAUGUAUAAUGGACCCUCGUGGACGUCAGCUGCCGCUCCGUGGGUUGAGGAAUAGCAGCCACCGAAACACGUAAAAAAAAUUGUCUUCGCCUUCCGUUUGAUCCUUUAUAGUAAGUGAUAGUUCAGAUGUUAUUGUUAAUUUAAAAAAAUCGUCAGCCCGUUAUAUCGCGGCUAAGAACGCCAGCAGGUCGCAUGAACAUGUAAAAAAUAAGCGCUUUAACUCUUUAUAAAUAGCAAUAACAAAUCAUGAAACUUUGCAUGUAGCAUUUCAUCAGGUGAAACGCCUGUAACGCCAUAAAUGGAAUACGCAAUUUACACAUUACGCAUACUUUGCGGACGUAAAGUAGUGAGGCGCGUAUUUUUUACAUGUUCAUUUUACAGCUGACGGUUUUUCCACCGCGAUAAAACCGGAGGCGAUGACUGACGAAAUAUGCUCCUGGCUGGCGGUCUAAUAGAGAAAUAAGUAUAGAUAGAGUGUUAACUCCAUACAUCAGUUUUCUUACAAAACGCGGGUUAUUUUAGUAGUCCACAUCGAGCGUCAAGUGGCAGAUUUUUCAGUACUUCUACUUAUCAAUAGAUGUCGCGACGAACGAACAGUCUAAUGCUCAACAAUUUUCAGCUAAUAUUAUAACCGGAUUAACUGGAACUCUAUUUUCAACUGAAGGAGCGCCGGUAUAAGUGAGCACUCUAUGUAUGUUACUUAUUUCUCUAUGGUUUGGGUUGUCACCUGACGAUUUUAGAAUAAAUGAGAGCGUAAUAAUUCCAUCUUAGAGUAUGCUUUUCAAGUCUCGAGUCCUUAUUUCGUCAAAGAUGUUGAGAUGCUUGAGAAAGUGCAACGUAGUUUCACAAAAAUACCGAAACAACUAAAAAACAUGUCUUAUGAAGAAAGACUUAAAGUGCUGAAGCUCACAACAUUAAAAGAUCGCCGAGAGCGUGGAGACCUGAUUGAAACGUUUAAGAUUCUGACGGGACACUAUGAUAUAGACCAGUUUGAAGACCUGUACAAGCGCAAUAGUAACACCCGUCUGCGAGGCCACCAAUAUAAGUUAAUAUCUAAACUGUCUAAAAACAACCCCCGCAGACAUUUUCUCAGCAACAGAGUGGUCAAGCAUGGAACAAACUACCAGAAGAUGUGGUCUCAGCACUGAAUGUCAAUCAGUUUAAGAACAGACUAGACAAAUACUUAACCAGCGCAAAGAAUACAUAUUAAGUGAAGAUCACUCAGAUACAGGCAACUAUCAGUUGUUUCAACUGCCUGCCUGAUUAAUAAAUAAUAAUAAUAAUAAUAAUUUUGAUUGUAUGCCUGUAUGGUGGUAUUAGCCAGGUUUGUGUGUUCAUUAAAGGGUUGGGUAAAUUCCGAACACGGCGGGAAGUGGAUAACUCGAGAUAUAUAUAUUUUUAUAAUCGUAUGGCAUAUUAUAAUAAACAGAAAACAAACUUAUAAAUACAGGUCGAGUCCAAUCAGCCACUUGAUGGCCUCGCCUUCAGGAGGUCCAUCGGCAUACCACGUUAUGGGGAAAUCCUCUAUAAUGUGCUGGAUUGUUUGUGCAGUCUCGCCAGGCCGGGGACUGUACCCAUCCACAGCGGUGUUUGUAGUAAGAUAUAAAAUUUAAGAAAUUUGAAUCCGGUGCAAUUCUAAGUUCAAAUUACCUCAAUUUUAUAUCUUGAGUAGAGAUGCCACGAAUAUUCGCAUAAUUUUUAACAUUCGCAUAAAAAAAGCGAAUGUUUUGCGAAUGCGAAUGUGCGCAGGCCGUGUCCUGUCUCGUCGACUCGCGUAUGGGCAGUGCGCGCAAACUGUUUUCAAGUAAUCCAUAUUAUCCAUUUUACCAGUACCUAGACAGCAUUUUUAGCAUUUUAUAACAUUCCGUUUUAAGGUAACUAUGUUUUAUGUACUAACAUAUCAUGUAGGAAUGAUAAUAACAGCUACACAUUCAUAUUCGCAUUCGGACAUUCGCAUCCUGAACAUUUGGAUUCGCAUUCGCGAAUGUGAAUUAUGCGACAUUCGUGAUAACCCUGAUCUUGAGUUAUCAACUUCUUCCCGGAGUGUACUGAAUUUUACUCUAAGUAUAGGAUUUCGGUCAUGUUUCAUAGUUCACUGCUGGUGACAGCGGUGACGCUGAUACACUAAUUGUGAUUCGUAACAAUUCAUAAAUACGAUUUUCAACUAAAUCUGUAACGUACCGCGAAAAUCGAAAUUUUGGUAU